AUGAAGGGUACUUUGACGACUCCGAGUAUGUUAAGGCUGAAGGAGUCAAUAUGCGAUGGACGAAUCUACCAGACGAGGCAUCUACUAGAGAGCGGAGUGGACGUGAACUUUGCAGAUGAAGAAGGAUUAACUCCUCUCAUGCGCGCAGCCCAGCUACCGGACGAAAAAUCCCGAACGCGUCACAAUUUGCUGAAACUUUUAUUGCAGUAUGGUGCGAAUGUAAACACCGUUGAUCAACAAGGUAGACAUGUGUUAUCUCACGCCUGUAUGAACGCGAAAGAAGACAUUGUCCGGCUUAUUUGUACCGUGGCAGAUCAGGAUGUCGAUUUAAAUCUGCAGGAUCUUGACGGGAAUACUCCACUAAUGCAUUCUGUCAGAACGGGUAACGUCGACUUGGUGAAGUUUCUUCUUAAUGAGUUGAAAAAAUUUCAAGUCGACAUAGACGUUAGGAAUCACGAAGACAGAACUCCUUUCUUAGAAGCUAAACGACUCGGCCACGAAAAUUGCGCGCAGGUUUUGCUGACCGAAGGUAAUGCAUCAGCGAAUAUUCAAGUGAACCCUUUCUUGGAGUUUAUUUCUUCGAAGGAUGAGCCCCCUUUAAAAGGCCAAGUUCGUAGCUUUGUAGAUAGCAAAUAUGGAAUUAAUAGAACCGUCGACACAAGACGCGCUAAUCCGCAAAGAGUUCAAAACAAGAAAAUUGUUCUUUUAAAGGAAUCUGUACAGUUACCUUCGGACAAAUUUAUUGUGAAGUCUGAAGAGAAAAAAUUGAAACGUAAGACGAGAAUAUCAAGAAAACUUACAAGCUCAAAUGAAACUAAAGAUCUAGAAGAAGUGAAAAAUUUAAAAACGCAACCUCGAAGACGAAAAUAUGCGUGGAAUGACUCAGUUUCCGCACCUGGUCUGACAUCACGCAAAGAUGAAGUUGGGCGAGAAUUAGGAUUAGAGCAACCAGCGGAGGCUGCUAUUGAAAAUAUUGUGAACAACUCAUCUCCGCGCGCUAAAUCGCCUAGUGUUUACGACCAAGAGGCCCUCCAGAGCCCGAGAUUUGUAAUGUCUUUGCCCAAAGAGAAUGAACCUGUCGCAGCAGGGCGUGGAAUAACUAGAGCAAAAAUAGCAAAACCUACACUAAGCCGACGAUUAAGCGAACAGUCAUUGAUGCCACGAAUGUCACGAACACAUUUUCGUUCGUCUACCGGCAAUCUCACCAAAGACAGAACCACCAUGGAUGACGAAUACAGCUGGUACUCUCAUUUUAGUGUCUAUAAUUCUUCAUCUUUAGCUUUCUUGAGUCAAAUAAUGAACCUUUACGCCGAACAGUUGUCUCCGGAGUCUUCCUUUCGUCCAGGCGUAAAGCCCGUUAAACCCGACGAGCCGAAGGUACCCAAGAUUUCCGUUGCCUCUAUUCCCGGCGACGACUUACGCUCAGAAAAUGAUCGAUAUUCGCCCGUGAGGUCGGCGAUAUCAAGCCGAAGUAACAGUGCCACUAGCUUAACUUCGAGUCGAAGAUUUCAGUCGGCUGUAUCACGAACAGUCAACCCGUAUCUAACAAGUAAAAAAUCCCUCAUAACAUUGAAAAUUCAAGAUGCAGACUUUUGA